AUGUCUCGUGCCGCUCCCGAAGUGUCAGAGGUGGAGGAACCAACAGAGAAGCAUGACUCAGAAACUAGAGAAUAUUCGCAAAUACGAGAGGAACUGGGUUCGCCGGCCGAUAUUCGUAGGCCUCGAUCUGCUUUGCAUUCCGGCGACUUCAGAGAAGGCACCGACAUCUCUACACAACAUGCUCCACCGUCACCUCGGCCUCAUUUCGCUGAGCGAUUUCCAACUGCUCCAUUUCCCGAUUUAAGUACCUCUCCUACAACGCCAUGGUUUGGUGCAUCAGUUUUCCAAACCCCGGCACAGCGCCCCCCAUUCGAUGAUCAUCGUGAGCUGAUAACGCUCCAAACCCGGGCUCGAGCACCAUCUCUCGGGUCUUUCUCUUCGAGUUAUGUUCUCAAGGCUCCAACAAGCCCUCUGGUACACCAGGCCAACAAUACCGAUCUAGACUUUUCGCCUCGGGUUGAUUCGGGAGACCCUCCUGAGCUUAUCGACAAAGCGAACCGACGUCGGACUCUACCUCCUGAGUCCUUUCGGCACCUCCAAUCAUCCCCACCGAAUUCGCGGGCCGUUAGCAUUCGUAAUCCUUAUCAACCAGGUCGUCACGAGGGAUUAUUCCAGCCACAGCACUUCCCUCGCCGAUCUCUGACGUCGGCGUAUAGUCUUCAACUUGCUCCGACCAAUAAUGCUGCUGCGUAUCGGGCAAGGAGGCCGUCUUUUGCCUCUGAGCUUUCUGCGAAGCCUCAUGCCCCGAUGGUAGGAUCCUACGAAGAGUCACUCCUAAGAGGCCGAAUGUCUAUGAGUCCUUCCAAACCACUGGAUUUUACGGCGCAAAUCGGGGUCCUCGGAAAGGGAAAGUGCAAGGGACACCUAAAAUGCCCUCCACAUGUCACGGUGCCUUUCCCCGCUGUUUUCUACAGCUAUCCAACUUCUGGAAAUGACCGUUCCAUUGCGGAUGACAGCCCUAGUCCGUAUGUGGGCCAUAUUGACCUGGAGAACUCGCUAGCCAAAAAUGAGUCAAGUACGACCAGGCGUCGUAAACGACAUGUCAGUCCUACAAAACCCCAAGAAGAUACUGUCAUGCUUGAGACAGGUGCAGCCCGAACUACCGAUGUUGACACCCGACGUCGCCGAGAAAAGAAGACCCGCAGAGCGGAAUCUCCUAAAUGCCCCCCAGGCGGGUGCUAUCGAAUCCCUCAGCAGGGACAACUUCAAAUUAUAAUCAAGAACCCACACAAGACCGCAGUCAAGCUGUUUCUUGUGCCUUACGACCUCGCCGACAUGGAACCUGGCACCAAGACCUUUAUCAGGCAGAGAAGUUAUUCGGCGGGCCCGAUAAUCGACAUGCCGUUGAGUGCACGGAAGAAUUUUGGAACUGAUCGCCCUGAGGCCUCCUUGAACGCCACCGAAGAUCCUCGAGACAAGCCCGUUUUGCGCUAUCUCAUCCAUUUGAACAUUUGCUGUCCGGCGCGCGGUCGCUUCUACCUACACUCCAGUGUUCGAGUGGUGUUUGCCAACCGCGUACCAGACGGUAAGGAGAAAUUGCGCAACGAGAUUCAACUACCAGAGCCCCGAUACACUCCGUACAAGCCUACUCGGGACUCGAGUCUCUCGGGAUCCACCAGCAAUGCGCGAUUGGCAAUCGAGAAAGCUUCUCGCAGACGGAGCGUCGGUCAGGGCACAAUUCCACUUCUCCGCCCACAUGUAUCCUCACCGAGCGACGGUCCACUGCACUGGACUGCAGCCGAAGCCAUGGGACUUACAAAUUCCUCGCACUUUUCUUCAGAACAUGAUUCCGCCGUUUACAACAAGCUCAACAAGGGUGAUGUUGGAUACGGAGGAUUUCCAUACUCGUCUUCAAAUGCAGGUUCCGAGAACGGCGAGAGCCUACUUGCCAAGCGACUUCGCGGCUUAGAUGUGCAUAAGCAAGAAACCAAUGACAGUAAUUGA